GAAGGGGAGAGGUGCAUUUACCAUCCAAUGAUAUCGUACCAGAAAUGAUGCUGCUCGCACUUUCGGUAAAGAUAGAAAGAAGGAAAGGACGUGCACGCACUGAAAAGCUAGGUCAAGGUUUUGAGAAAGAGCAUACAUGCUUUAAAUAGACCCGCGGAACCCACAGGACGGCGCACAAAUGCAAGGAUCAGCAUACCUGUACAGGUUUUCUGCAUGCUGCUUUUUAAAGGAGUAACUAUAUUAGCUGCAGCGGAUAUAAUCAUGCAGGAAGCCUUACUGCAACGUUACAUGCUGAAAACAACAAUGCAAAGGCAGUGACAGUCAAUCUCGAGCUCUACUGUGGUUUAACCAGUCCUGUCACUUCCUCUUUGACGUGUAUGUAGUGGACUGUCAGUCGUAAGCGCUAUUUUAAAAGCACAGGACUUUAUGUUUUGAUUGCAUGGAGGAAUCCGUCGGCCUGCUUCGCUGUUUUAUUAAUCGGCUGAACCGGUAGCCAGCAGCUCGCUUACAGACAGAGCGAGGAAAUAGCGUUGCAGCGACCGGCAGACACCUCGAUCCGCGGCGGGGAUGUGUGUGAGCUAAAGCCGCCGGAUAUCGAUGGCCGCGUCGCUCUGAUCAGAGCCGCUUCGAGCUAAAACCCCGCGCCGAAGGUCUGAGAAAUGAGCUGGGCUCCUUCUCUCUGAUGCACUCGAGCUAAGGGCCGUCCUGGUGGAUUUGCCCCUGACCCAGCGGAGCGUUUCCAGCCCCAGCCCCGCUCCACGGCCAACAUGCUGAUCAAAGAGUACCGCAUCCCCAUGCCCAUGAGCGUGGAGGAGUACCGCAUCGCUCAGCUCUACAUGAUUCAGAAAAAGAGUCGUGAAGAGAGCGAAGGCGAGGGCAGCGGGGUGGAGAUCAUGGAGAACCGACCCUACACGGACGGCCCAGGCGGCUCUGGUCAGUACACCCACAAGGUUUACCACAUCGGCCAACACAUCCCUAGCUGGUUCCGCUCAAUCUUGCCAAAAGCCGCUCUUCGUGUGGAAGAGGAAUCCUGGAACGCCUACCCAUACACCCGCACACGCUACACAUGUCCUUUUGUCGAAAAAUUUUCCAUCGAUAUCGAGACGUACUACAGGUCGGACACGGGUUGCCACAAUGACGUCUUCAACAUGUCCUCAGUCGAAAAGAGGCAACGGGAUAUAGAUCCCAUCGAUAUUGUGAAUGAUUUCAUUGCCCCUCAUGAAUACCUGGCUGAGGAAGACCCGAAACUGUACAAGUCAUAUAAAACCCAGCGGGGCCCCCUGUGUGAUGACUGGAUUGCAGAAAUCAACAACAACCCAGGCAAAAUGCCCAUCAUGUGCGCUUACAAGUUGUGUAAAGUGGAGUUUCGAUACUGGGGCAUGCAGUCCAAGAUUGAGCGUUUCAUUCACGAUGUGGGGCUGAGGAAGGUGAUGGUGCGCGCUCAUCGGCAGGCCUGGUGUUGGCAGGAUGAGUGGUACGGUCUGACCAUGGAGGACAUCCGGCAGCUGGAGCUGGAGACACAGCUGGCUCUGGCACAGAAGAUGGCGCAGUACAGCAGCAACGAGGAGGGCAGCGAGAACAAUGGCGCCGUCACCAGCCCCAAGAAAGAGCAUGAAGCCAAGGAGGCCAUCGACGCUGAGGGGACGACGAGGACCAUGGGGGAAACGCUACAGGCACGAGGAGAGCUGACCAAGCAGUGGUCCACCUCUUCUAGGUCCUCGCGGUCCUCUAAGAGAGGGGGAAGUCCUUCACGCCACAGCAUUUCUGAAUGGCGCAUGCAGAGCAUCGCCAGAGAUUCGGAGGACAGCACAGACGAUGAGUUCUUUGAUGCUCACGAGGACUUGUCUGACAAUGAGGACAUCUUUGCCAAGGAAAUCACCAAAUGGAACUCCAACGAUCUGAUGGAUAAAAUCGAUACAGCGGAGGCAGAGGAAUCACAGGGUGACUAUCAAGAAUCGGGUGGGGAGUUUUCUGGGACUGCCAGCGUGGAUCGACUCAAUGAGGUCUGCUCCUCACAGCAGGGCUUACAGCCGUCCAAGAUCCACGUCCUCAUCCUGGUCCUGCACGGUGGCAACAUCCUGGAUACGGGCAGCGGAGACCAGAACAGCAAGCAGGGGGACGUCAACACCAUCGGCAGCGCGUUCGAUGCUGUGAUGCGGGUUCAUUACCCCGCUGCAUUGGGCCGCAUCGCCAUCUGCCUGGUUCCGUGUCCGGCUGUGUGUGUGGAGGCCUUCUCUCUGGUGUCGAAUUUGAGUCCCUACAGCUAUGACGAAGGCUGCCUCUCCAACAGUCAGGAUCACAUCCCUCUGGCCGCCCUGCCCCUAUUGGCCACCUCUGCACCACAGUACCAGGACGCCGUGGCAACGGUCAUAGUGCGAGCCAAUCAGGUCUACGGUGACUUCAUUAGAUCCCUGGAGGGAGCCACUUUCACCGGACAGGUGUGUCUGAUUGGUGACUGUGUGGGAGGCAUUCUGGGAUUUGAUGCUCUCUGCAGCAGCAACAUCACCGUGUCAGAGAGUCAAAACAGCAGCCGACGCGGCAGCAUUGUUAGUGUCCAGGACAAUGACCUUCUGUCACCGGGGAUCAUUAUAAACAGCACUCACUGCUCGGGUUCAGGCUCGGGCUCGGGUUUGACUCUGGAGGGCAGUCGGCACCUCAGCCGCAGUAAUAUAGACAUUCCUCGCUCCAGCGGUCCGGACGACCCCAAAAAACAGCUGCCCCGCAAACGCAGCGACUCCUCCACCUACGAGCUCGACACCAUCAAACAGCACCAGGCCUUCCUGACCAGUCUGCACUCCAGCGUUUUGAGGAAUGAUCCGGGUUCUCGCCGGUCCAGCAGCAGUACCAUGCUAGAGGGAGGAGGUGCUCUGGGAAAGUUUGACUUCGAAGUAUCUGACUUCUUCCUCUUCGGCUCUCCGCUAGGCCUGGUCCUCGCUCUGAGGAAAACCGUUGUCCCUUCUUUGGACGUGGCUCAUCUUCGUCCAGCGUGCCAGCAGGUUUACAACCUGUUCCACCCGGCGGAUCCCUCCGCCUCACGUUUGGAGCCUCUGCUGGAGAAGCGCUUCCACCUGAUGCCACCGUUUAGUGUGCCGCGCUACCAGCGCUUCCCGCUGGGUGAUGGCCAGUCAGCGCUGCUGGUGGAAACCAUCCAGAGUAACCCUCACCUCCUGUUGGAGAGUGUGAGCUGUGCCGCCCAGCGCUGUCAGGAUGGCAUCAGCGAGACUUCCUUUCCCGUCCCUGUGCUCAACUGGCAAGCCACGCCGGCCCCCGCCGAGUCGGACGUGAUGCAGUCUCACAGCAUUAUGUUUGCGGAUCACUCCAAUCCUUCGUCUCCGGCAUCCAUUCCAGCCUUCCGCGGGGCGCGCAGGGCCAGUGAGACCAGCAUCGCCAGCCAGGUGUCGGGGUUAGCGGACAGUUACACCGCCUCCAACAUCGCCAACAUAGUGCAAGCAUGCCAACUUAGUCUCUCCAAAAAGCUCAGACUUUUGUCCCAAUUGCCGCUUCCCUAUAAUAAAAGCGGCUCCCGAAGCCCCUCCCCCAAACCCAGCAAAGUGCCAAAUAAGCAGCAGGUAGAAAGGCAGGAUUCCAGCUGUUUGGAUGAUUCAGAGCAGAGCGUCUCUCGAGGCUUUGAGCCCUCAACCUCGCUCGCCUCAGACCCGCCAUCUCCAUGUGUCCCGCUGGACAUCGAGCAAGUCGCUGCUCGCUGGUGGGGCACGAAGCGCAUUGAUUUCGCCCUGUAUUGUCCUGAUGCUCUGACUGCGUUCCCCACCGUGGCUCUACCUCACCUGUUUCACGCCUCCUACUGGGAAUCAACGGACGUUGUGUCUUUCCUGCUCCGACAGGUUAUGAGGCAUGAGAACUCCAGUAUUUUAGAACUACAUGGGAAGGAGGUGUCAGAAUUCACUCCGUCCAAACCGCGGGAGAAGUGGGUGAGGAAGAGGACCCAUGUGAAGAUCCGGAACGUUACAGCAAACCACCGCGUGAAUGAUGCUGUGUUUACGGAGGACGGGAAUCAGGUGGUCACGGGCCGCUUCAUGUAUGGGCCGCUGGACAUGGUCACACUGACCGGAGAGAAGGUGGACAUCCACAUCAUGACCCAGCCUCCGUCCGGUGAGUGGGUGUAUUUCAGCACAGAAUUGACCAAUAGCAGCGGCCGGGUGUCCUACACCAUUCCCGAGAGCAAGCGGCUGAGCAUCGGCGUGUAUCCGGUCAAAAUGGUGGUCAGGGGCGACCACACAUCUGCUGACAGUUACCUGACGGUGCUGCCGCGCGGCACGGAGUUUGUCGUGUUCAGCAUCGACGGCUCUUUUGCUGCCAGCGUGUCCAUCAUGGGCAGCGACCCUAAAGUGCGAGCAGGAGCGGUUGAUGUGGUCAGGCACUGGCAGGAUCUGGGUUACCUGAUAGUGUACGUGACGGGACGUCCAGACAUGCAGAAGCAGCGUGUGGUGGCCUGGCUUUCACAGCACAACUUCCCUCACGGAAUCGUGUCCUUCUGUGAUGGGCUCGUACACGACCCCCUCCGACACAAAGCCAACUUCCUCAAGUGUCUCAUCACAGAGGCACAAAUGAAGAUCUUCGCUGCUUAUGGCUCCACUAAGGACAUCUCUGUGUACACGUCACUGGGUCUGCCGCCAUCACAGAUCUACAUCGUAGGGAGACCAACGAAGAAAAUGCAACACCAGUGUCAGUUCAUUGCCGAUGGCUACGCGUCUCACCUGUCCCAGCUGGAGUACAAUCAGAGAUCCAGACCCCCUAAGACUGCCAGCACUCGCAUGGUCCUGCGGAAAGGAAGUUUUGGGCUUGGCGGCAGUGGGGAUUUCCUGCGGAAGCGCAAUCACCUGUUGCGCACUAUUUCCUCACAACCCACAUCCUCCACACCGCCCGUGCAUAUAGGACGUCCUGAACGUGCACAGAGCCAAUCGGAAUGUGACCGCGAGCGUGCGGAACGUGCCCAGAGGAGCAUGAGCAUCGCCGCCGGCUGCUGGGGCCGACCCAGCAAACUAGAGGGCGGAGCCCUGAGCCCAAAAUAGGCCCCACCCACCAGGUCCAAAUUCUGGAGACACUUCGUUCUGGAGGCACAUGGGGCUGCAGGAUCGGACACAACGAAAUCUCACAGUAUUACAACAGACUCUGUGAGUGAACCUCACGGCAUUACUAUUGUUGCAUGGGAAUUGUCUUCAUUCAUGAUUCAGUUUUUUUAGUCCGGCAGCCAAAUAUUUUCCAGAAAUCUAGCGCCUUAAGCAUGGCCCUGGGUCAUGGCCCUCACCUCUGACUUGAUUGAAUGUACUGUUGGGACUGAAAAACGGAUCGUUGGGUGGGUAUGGACUUUUUCCGCUUUUCCUAUAAUUCCCCUUCUGGUGUCCGCAGAGAUUCCCACACAUGUAAAUACGUGCCUCCUCUUACCUGCUCAGGGCAGCCAUGAACUCGAGGAGCUGAUAAGACCCAGAGGCCAUUUCACAUCCCUCUUCUCAUUGGUUUCUGUUGGGCCGGCCCAUCCCGGCAGCCUCUCCGAGCCGAAUCCCAGCAGCAUUUGGCAAUAAGGAUCAAAUCACGUCAUACCAAACUCUGUCUGCAGGUCAUCAGAGGCCUUAACUUCUUAUUCAGAGCACGAACGAACUCUCAAAGGAACAGCUAUCCCUUUACAAGGCCAUCUGCUUGCAAUACCUCCGGGAUGCCACCUCGACAUGGGCUGCUGGGUCACGUUUUUUCUUUUUGCUGUUUUGUUCACUUCUGAGCCACCAAACUCGACCGUAAGCACACGCCACAUCUGCUGAAGUAAAACUUUUCCGCUGUUGCUGUCGACGUGGAGAGAAUUUUUCCACCGUGCAGCUCGCUGUAUUUGCAUGACGACAAUGGACAAUUUUUCCGAGAUUUUGCUCUCAUUUUCUCUCGAAACCCUUUGCACUCAUUUCCCGGGUGAUCGGGGAGCGAGUCGCUCCACUUGCUAUCCCGAC